UCCAGCGGGUGUCAGCGGGGAGUCAUGAAGAGGAGUGGCACACCAGUGUGGGACAGAAGGAGCUACAGGCCCCCUCCCACAUUAAAGAGGAGCAGCUUCAUGAUGAAGAUGAAGCUCAGUCCUUACAGCUUCAUCACAGUCAAAGUGAGGAGAACAGAGGGGCGGAGCUUGUAAGUCAACACAUCACAGAAGCUGAUGGAGAGCAUUGUGAAGAUAUCAAGUCAGAACCAGACAGCAUCUUUGCUCCACUGUCAGACAUGGACCACAUGAUGUCACACUCUUCUGAUCACAGUGACCACAUCCAAAAACCUUUGGAGAGUAAAAAUGACUCUAAAGGUGAUACGAGACAUCACACUAACAACAAACACUUUGACUGCUCUGAAUGUGGGAAAUCAUUUACAUGGAAGAGUGAUUUUACAAGACACAUUAGAAUACAUACUGGAGAGAAACCUUUUACUUUCUCUGUUUGUAAGAAGAGUUUCUCCAGAAAGGAACAAAUGACCAUACACAUGAGAACACACACUGGAGAGAAACCUUUUGCUUGCUCAGCUUGUGCUAAAAGAUUCAACACUAAGAAGGAAAUGAUAUUACACAUGAGAACACACACAGGUGAGCAAUCUUUUGCUUGCUCUGUUUGUAAGAAGAGUUUCUCCAGAAAGGAACACAUGACCACACACAUGAGAACACACACUGGAGAGAAACCUUUUACUUGCUCUGUUUGUAAGAAGAGUUUCUCCAGAAAGGGUGACAUGACCACACACAUGAGAACACACACUGGAGAGAAACCUUAUGCUUGCUCAGCUUGUGCUAAAAGAUUCAACACUAAGAAAGUCAUGAUCACACACAUGAGAACACACACAGGUGAGAAACCUUUUACUUGCUCUGUUUGUAAGAAGAGUUUCUCCAGAAAGGGUGACAUGACCACACACAUGAGAACACACACUGGAGAGAAACCUUUUGCUUGCUCAGCUUGUGCUAAAAGAUUCAACACUAAGAAGGAACUUAUAUUACACGUGAGAACACACACAGGUGAGAAACCUUUUAUGUGCUCCGUUUGUAAGAAGAGUUUCUCCACAAAACAGUACAUAACCACACACAUGAGAAUACAUACUGGAGAGAAACCUUUUGCUUGCUCAGCUUGUGCUGAAAGUUUCAACACUAAGAAGGAACUUAUAUUACAUGUGAGAACACACACAGGUGGUAAACCUUUUACUUGCGCCGUUUGUAAGAAGAGUUUCUCCAGAAAGGAACACAUGACCAGACACAUGAGAACACACACUGGAGAGAGACCUUUUGUUUGCUCAGCUUGUGCUAAAAGAUUCAACACUAAGAAGGAAAUGAUAUUACACAUGAGGACACACACAGGUGAGAAACCCUUUGCUUGCUCUGUUUGUAAGAAGAUUUUCUCCAGAAAGGAACACAUGACCACACACAUGAGAACACACACUGGAGAGAAACCUUUUACUUGCUCUGUUUGUAAGAAGAGUUUCUCCAGAAAGGGUGACAUGACCAUACACAUGAGAACACACACUGGAGAGAAACCUUUUGCUUGCUCAGCUUGUGCUAAAAGAUUCAACACUAAAAAGAAAAGUAUAUUACACAUGAGAACACACACUGGAGAGAAACCUUUUGCUUGCUCAGCUUGCGCUAAAAGAUUCAACACUAAUAUUGAAAUGAUGUUACACAUGAGAACACACACAGGUGAGAAACCUUUUACUUGCUCUGUUUGUAAGAAGAGUUUCUCCAGAAAAGAACACAUGACCACACACAUGAGAACACACACUGGAGAGAAACCUUAUACUUGCUCUGUUUGUAAGAAGAGUUUCUCCAGAAAGGGUGACAUGACCAUACACAUGAGAACACACACUGGAGAGAAACCUUUUGCUUGCUCAGCUUGUGCU